UCUGUGUUUGGGUUCACUGGACCUGCUGAGGUUAAAGUAUGAAACACACACUCGCAACUGGAUGAGGAACUUUAUGAGUUUUCUCAAAGCAAUGCCAAGUGAUGAGCUUUGGGUUGGAUCUUGGAGGCCUCACAGACCAAGAGGGCCUAUAGCUGCUCUCUACGGGAGCCCGGGGCCCAACUAUUCCCUUCCUGGGCUGAUAGGUGCUUCUCAGCAUGAUCCUACCAAAUGUAGGGCGCCAAUGUUCUCCUUUGGUGCUCGUCAUGAGGAAGUGAAUACAAACUGCUCUCCUGGUCCAAGAUAUCUGAUCCCCUCCAACAUGACCAUGAAGGGCAGAAGUAAAAUGCUUGCAUUUUCUCUUCUCGGCCGACCGAAGCAGCUUCAAAUGUCCCAUGUGCCCGGACCAGGCCAUUAUUCCCCAGAACGUUCUGGAAAGAUGACCAUCCGUUCAGCUCCUGCUUAUUCCCUGUAUGGGAGGAGAAGAGAUCGCACUAACACACAAACACCAGGUCCAGCCACCUACACUCUGCCCCCCAUGCUGGGCUGUAAAACUGCAGUUGCACCUUCAGCACCCAAUUACACACUUCAAGGCCGUGGAAAAACUGGAAGCUUCCACGAAGACCAUAACAAGACUCCAUCUCCAGGCCCUGCUGCCUAUAAAGUUGUGGACCCCUCUAUAUAUAGGCAGAAACCUCCACAGUACAGUAUGAACGGACGCAGCUUUGCUCCUGAGGAAAACACAAGAAAACCAGGCCCAGGAGCACACUAUCCUGAGAAUGUCACCUUUACAAGAACUAAAGCUCCCAGUUUCACCUUUGGACUCCGUCAUUCACAAUACAUUGCGCCCCUCAUUAUAAAGGAAUGAAGGAAGAAAGCUGGGUUUAGAUAAAAGAAAAAAGAAAAUCACAAUUAGUGAGAUCGUGUUUUAUCAUAUUUGCCCUGUCAUGCUGUUUAUACAAAUGUCAAAAAUUGGGUCAUCUUUAAUUUCUAGCUUUUAUAUUCAAUUGUCAGAAGAAUUUUUUUUUCAAAAUACUAUCAAAUUACAUUUAUUUUGGAUGGAUUUUAAAUUUUCAUUUUAAAGAUAUUUAGUAAGCAAAAGAAAAUCAGUAAAUAAUGCUUUGUGAUUGUCUUUGAAUCCUUCUUUUUUACUUCUUGUUUUGUGCCAAAAACUCUACUGGAUGAUUUUUUUUUUUUUUACAAUUUUGCCAGAAAAAGUAAAAGAAACCAUGGAGUGCAUGGGCACUUCAAAAGCAGUAUUCUGAUACUGCUUAUAUAUAUAAACG